AUGACUGCCAACAACAACCACAACCAGGUUCAGAUAAAUCAGCUCUUGGCAUACCCUACCGUUGUAUUCCGCAAAAACGACGUCCUGGAUGAUAUCGAAAAGGGCAUAAACGCCACCAUAAAAAACAUCGACGAUGAGCUUGCUAAACUCAAAAAAGCAGGUAGGUCAUCAGAGGGCACCACCCUUGAGAACUACAAACUAAACGCCCAGAACCUCAUCGAAAUGAUCGAGGAGAAUCGCCCGAGAAUAGUACCAUGCACACAGACCAUGGCUGAUAAUAUCCGGGAUGAAGUGGCCGUAGAGAUUAAGCGACUGGAGGGCAAGCCUACCGGUGCCGCCACUGAUAAGAUCAUCGAUGAGCUACUCAUUGAGGCGUCGAAAUUGAGACGGGAGGCCCUGGAGCUGAUCGAUAAGCUUAAGGCUGAGGGUAAGGCACUAGAGGCUAAGGGUUUGGAGAAGUUGGAGGCACUGGUAGCUAAAGGGGCCGAAGAGUUGAAAAAGUUGGACGAGACGUCACCGUUGGUUAAGAAGGCGGAGGAGCUGUUGGAGACGGCUAUUAAGGACUUGGGUGCCGAGAUCAAGCGCCUGGAGGGCUAG